AUGGAAGAUAAUGGAAAAUAUUCUGUAUAUGUUUGUUUGGAUACUGGAGAUGUUGUGAAUAGUUUUCCAAGAGAUAGUAAUUUAACAUACAAAGGAUUUACUGAUGUAAGUUUUGCGUCAGAAGUUUCAGUUAGACUUGUUAGUUUUUAUAAUAAACUUAAGGAAGAACGAGAGAAAAAAGAUCCAGAAUAUUUUUAUAUCAAUAUCGUUCAACAAACUAAGAAGAAACUUUUAGGAAAAACCAUGGUAGCGAUUUAUAGAUUAGAUUCGAAACUUGAGAAGAGUGAUGUUACACUUAUUGAUCGUGUGGAAGACGAUGGUCAAAAUACCAAUUCUUUAUAUUUAUCAUAUGAUCUUAUUAAACGAAGUAUUGUUAGUAAAGAACAAUAUAAAGAUAAAAAUAUUAUUAUAAUUAGUAAUAAUUCAGCAUUAUCAAAUAUUUUUAAAUAUAAAUUUUAUAAAUGGUCAACUAAUAAUUUUAAAAAAGGAGUUGAUGUCGUUACUGAUGAAGAUUAUGACGGAAUUUCAGAUACGGAAAAAAAUGAAAAAUUAACUGAAUUUUCAUAUAUUGAUAAUGCAGAUCUUUUAAAGGAUAUUUUAAAAUAUAUGAAAAUUAAUAAUAAUACUAUUAAUGGUCUUACUUCAUUUAAGGAAGUUUCACAUAUUAUUGAUAAAGUUAGACAAAGGAUUAAUAGUAGUGAAAGUAAAUUUAAAAAUAAAAAAAAUAGAAAGUGA